AUGAAUGAGGAAAUGAUAGAACCAGAAGAAGAUCGAGAAAAAAAUUAUACUGUUUUAACAAAUGCUUUUGAUUCCAACGAUAGCAUUAAAGAUCCGGAUUAUGACCACAAGCAAGUGGCAGAUGACGGCUGUGAAUCUAAUGGUAAGGAGCAAGAAAUAACAGAAUUAGAUGACAGAAACUAUGAUAAACAGGACGAAUUUCGAAAUCAAACCUACAAAACUUUUAAAAAGAAAGUUGGAAAACGAGAAAAUAGAAAGGACUUAAGAAAUAUUAGUAAAGAAUAUUUAACCGACAAAGGAAAAAUAAUUAGAGCCAGGCAGCCUAAACUAUUUAAAGAUAAAUGCAGAAGAAUGUGCAAGGACAAAAUAACUGAGGAAACAAGCGUAACUAGAAAAAAACUGUUAUCUGAUUCUGGUAUUCCAUUGUCUGAUGGUAGAGGCAAACAUGAGCACAAAAACAAAAUAACCAUAUCUAUAAUGCAACAUGUCUAUGAUCAUAUAAACAGGUUUCCUGCGUAUGAAUCACAUUACUCUAGAAAACAUACUUCUAAAAAGUACUCAGUAGCAGACCUAACGAAAAGUAAGAUGUAUACGUUGUACACUCAGGAAGUACCAUCUAGCCCUAUGUCGCUUGAAGUUUAUUCUCAAGCCAUCGACGCAUUAGGCUUUAAAUUUAAAAAACCAAGCAACGAUACAUGCAAAACAUGUGAUAUCUUUCAAAAUAAGAUUCGAAGUUGUCAAGAUGCUGAUGCAAAAACAAAUUGCCAGCAGCUGUUACAAGAACAUCAUGAUGAGGCUGAAGCUACUUAUGAAACAAAAAGAAUUGACAAAUUAACGUGUUCAGACAGUAAAAGUCAAAAAUUACUUUUAAUUGAUUUGCAACAGGUUCUGCUAACUUGCGAAGUUAGAUUAACUGGCAACAAAAAGAACAAUACUAAGAAAAGAAAUAGAGAAGAAACACAUAAAGACAAUAAAAUAGAAAAAGACAAAUUUAUAGUAGCUGAAAUGGCCCAAGAGAAGUUUUUUGACUUUGAAAGUUUAUUAAAAGGAAAACUGCGAACCAAGACAAAUAAAAAAUUUGAAGAUCUGUUGGCCCUUUUCGAACUAAUUGAUGAUAGCGCCAAAGCAUUUUAUCGUGGACUUCUUAAACCCCAAAAAGACUCUCAGAAUCCCAACGAUACUACGGACACCGAUCCGGAUAUAGAUUAUUAUUUUACAGAUGAAGAGUUUUAA